AUGAAUGGGUCUUCCAUCACUGUCACUUUCAUCCUCACAGUGUACAAGGACAUGAAUUCAGACAAAAAUGUGUUUUUCAUUGUAGUUUUUCUUAUUUACAUUGCAUCUAUAUUUACCAAUAUAACCCUCAUGCUUUUAAUUUACUUGGACACAUCCUUGCAUAAGCCAAUGUAUAUGUUUCUCUUUAGCUUAAUUGUAAAUGGUCUGAUUGGAAGUACAGCUGUUUGGCCAAAGGUGAUGGUCAUCCUUUUAACAGGUAUGAAUACAACCUCAUAUGCUGGGUGUCUUAUUCAGAUUUUUCUCACCGCAACCUACGGGGCUUGUAAUUUCACAGUGCUGACAGUGAUGGCUUAUGACAGAUUUGUGUCCAUAUUUAAUCCUUUGAAGUAUCACACCAUCAUGACCCCACAGAAAGUAAGACAGCUGUUGUUGGCUGCAAACCUUGUACCUGUAGUUUGUGUACUUGGUCAGGUAUUCCUUACUUCUCAGUUGCCGCUGUGCAAAAACACUCUUCAUAGGAUAUUCUGUGAUAAUUUAUCUCUUUCUAGCCUGUCCUGUGGUGAAAGCAUUCAAAGUCGAAUGACCAACCUGUAUGGAAUAUGUCUCAUCAUUGCUCUUUUAAUCCUCCCCCUGCUUCUUGUUUUGUUGUCAUAUGUUAAAAUUAUAGUGUUCAUUUUAAAGGCCUCUGGAAAUAUUGGAAAGAAAGCAUUUGAAACCUGCUCUCCACACAUAAUUAUUUUUGUCAAUUUUUCAACAGCCUCACUGUUCUGUGUCAUUUAUAAUCGGAUCAGUCCUUAUUUACCUGGCGAGGCUAACAUACUUCAAUCAAUUAACUACCUCCUUGUUCCCCCACUGUUGCAUCCAAUUAUAUAUGGAAUAAAAAAUCAGGACAUUAGAAAGAGCCUCUCAAAAAUUUGGAAAAGAAAAAUCUGGACCAUUUGA